CGAAUUUGUCUGUUUAUGUUGUAAUGUUUGUUUCGCAAUAAACUUGCAAGAUUUCCACUUGAAUCUGUUAAUAAAUCCAAGGUGCAAUGGACAAAAAGGGUCCUCUCCCUCCUGGAUAUGAAGCUAAAUGGGAUUCAGGCCAAAAAGCAUAUUUCUAUAUAAAUCAUAAUGAUAAAACAACAACAUGGGUGGAUCCCAGAACAACAAUGGCUGCUCAAGCUCGUCCCAGAACUCCCCAGAAAGCAUUCACACCGAGAAACCAGAAUGCGCCAGAUUUGAGUAAGAUAAUUCAAAUGUUCCCUGAUUGUCCAGAUGAAAUCCUUCAAUCUGUAAUGCGCAGUUGUGAAAACAAUAUGCAAAGUGCAGUACAUCAGUUAAAGAUGCUGGGAUUUAAAGAAAGUAGAACUGGUCAAAGCAUUUCACCAACUCACUCAGCUGUAAAAGGAAAAACUAGUCAAACUAAACAACACAAGACUCCAUCUAGAAAAUCCACUCAGUCAAAUGAAUUUGAUACUAGUAGAGAUCAUGGUAGCAGUGCUAGUACUUCCAACUCUGAAAGAACAAGUAACUCUUAUGCAAGAGUUGCCCCACCAAGUGGUCAUGUUGAAAAUAAUUCUGCUCAUCUGGUAACAGACACAAGUACAAAUCAAAGAGUUUCAGACACAAGUACAAAUCAAAGAGUAACAGACACAAGUACAAAUCAGAGAGUAACAGACACAAGUACAAAUCAAGGGAUAACAAACAUCAGUUCAGAUCAUCUGGUAACAAAUCAAGGGAUAACAGACAGAAGUACAAAUCAAGGGAUAACAGACACCAGUUCAAAUCAAAGGGUAACAGGCACUUCUCGUGAAGAAAGAAGAACAGAACAGAACAACAGAAGAAGGCAUGGACUUUUUAUUUGCCAAAAUCACAUAACUUUCAAAAGCACAAUAAUUUUGGAUAUAUGCCCCAGUAAGACGGUAUAUACCAGCAGUAUUAAAGAUACAUCAUUUUCACCAACUCACCAAUCUAUAGCUGUUGGACGAAACAGAUCUUUACAGAGUGGCCCUGACCCUACACUUCGAUUAAGUGAACAUGUAGCUGCCAAUGGACAUGAUCCAAGUUUGAUGCAAGGACCAGAUUCUGACCGCCGUGCUGGAUCUUCUGGUUGGGUUGGUGCUGAUCCAAGUCUUUGCUCCGGAAAGAGGGUACUGGUUACAAAUAUCUGAUAAUGGAAGUUUAGAUCUUUUGAUAGAGGCCCUUUGAGGACCACAAACCAAAAUCUUACCUGAGAUUUUGAUUCCGCCAUUUAAAUUUACUGUUUCCUGCUUUGAUUUUAAAAUUAAAGUGAGUUUACAUAUUUGCUCCUUCCAGCAAAUAUAUUAUUGAGAUACAGCUUGGUUGUUGCUAUUUAAAGUUUCAUUUAAGCUGUGCAGCUUUCAGAUUAAUCAAUAAAAAGCUAUUACGAACUUUAUACUUAUACCUUGACUAU